GCUCUCUGGUCCUGGGCUUUGCCCUCCUUGGCCUGGUUCUGCUCUGGGUUUACAAGGGGUGCCUCUUUCUUUGUGCUCUGAUGGAUGAACAGAGGGUUCAAUGAGCCAUGGGCUUGUGUCCCAGGGGUUUGGUCUUCUUGGUCAGGUUAGAAGGAGGAAGCCCCAACCUUUCUUGCAGGGACCUUGCCAGUUCUGGAAGAUUUCAGUGGGUUCUUAAGUUCAGUUUUAUUACUCAUCUUGCUUGAUUGAACUUGAGUUACCAUUCCUGGUCAAUUUGACAAAGUGUCUCUCUGAAUACGGUUUUCUAGAGACUGACACCCAAAAAAAGUUCAUUUCUCAUGCUUAAAGCGGACCUGAACACAAGUUGAUCUCUGUGGUGCACCCCAGUUGAAGCCAUGGGGUCCGGGGACUGGUUCAGGACGAUCAUCAGCAAGAAAAAAUCAAAACGGGCGAAAUCAAAGCACGCAAAGCUCGCUGGUCAAGUACAAAAUGGAGGCAACCAGACAAAUCAGAAAUCUAAUGGCCCUUCUUCCAGUAGUGACUACGAAGACAAUGCAGCACUAGAGGAAUGGGCUACUACACGGAUUCAGAACGCAUUUCGGAAAUACAAGGCAAGGAAAACCCUCCGUUGUCUCAGGGGAGUCAAAAGAUUGCGUAUUGUUGGUCAGGCAAAUCCAGUUAAGAAGCAGACUGCUGCAACACUGAGCUACAUACAGUCUUGGAACAAGUUGCAGUCAGAGAUAAGAAACCGGCGUGCUUUCAUGGUCACUGAAGGGCGCAACAGGAAGAAGAAGCAGGAGAAUCAAAUGAAACUUGAGGCGAAACUCCAUAAUUUGCAGGUUGAAUGGAAUGGAGGUUCGGAUACUAUGGAUGAGAUACUUGCUAGGAUACAACAAAGGGAAGAUGCAGCGGUAAAGCGUGAGCGAGCCAUGGCCUACGCGUUCAACCAUCAGUGGAGAGCAAGGUCUGCCACAAGUCUAGGAAGCUUCAGCUAUGAAGUUGGGAAGGGUGGCUGGGGUUGGAGCUGGAUGGACCGCUGGAUCGCCGCACGGCCAUGGGAGCCGCGGUCCCUGGUCCACCCCGAGAACCCGAAGAAAGCACAGGCAAAGAAGGAGAGCAGCAACACGAACCCAUCGGCUCUGAAGUUGCAUGGCUCCAUCAGUCUAAGCAACAACAUCAAUGACCGGAAAGUCCCUAAGAAGAAGCCAACACCAUCACCUACUGAUCAGAAAAAGUCGUCACCGUCACCUACAGAUCAGAAGAAGCCAUCACCAUCACCUUCAAGCGAUCAGAAGAAAGCAGCACCGAAGGAGCAGAGAGCAAAGGCGGCAGGCACUCCUCCGAAACCGAAGGCUAAGGAAAUGAAAGGGAGACAAGAAAAGCAGAUGCAGCAGCAGCAAGUGGUUCCUUCAGUCAGCGCAUGAAGAUAGCGACCGCGGAAAUGGUUACUGAUCAUUGUACGAUACAUCAUGUGAAGUCCUCGUGUUUUCCACAGUUUGUUGUUUGUUUUUCUUUUCCAUUUUUGUCUUCUUAUUACGGUAAUAUGGAACAACGAGUGCCAAUGUAGAAUGUGCUUGGUUUGAGCGAUUAUGCACAUAUGACAUAUCUGAUGAGAGUGGUUUUGGUUAGGAGUAGAAUAUCUGCUAUUCAUUGUUGUGCUGUUGUAAUAAGACCUGCCGGGCUAUCUGCUUGAAUGGAAGGUCUUGUUGGAUCAAAA